AAAAACACAGCAAAGAGGAAGAGAGAGUCGCAGGAGGAAGAGGGAGAAUGCACGGCGUCUGGCUAACUCUUCCAUGCUUGUAUCCAGGGCCUUUGUGAAUACACCAUGGGAUGCAUCGGCUCCAGGAGACUGACAGAUGGCGUGCCAGUCCAGAAGGAUGGGGAACAGCUGUCUAUGGAGGACACUACAUCCAUCCUGCCACGCCUCAAGAGGAACUCGAACGCCUAUGGCAUCGGAGCUCUGGCUAAGUCUUCUCUGUCAGGUGUGUCAGGUGUGACCCGCACCAUGAAGGAAAGAGUAACCAAGCCCACGGCCAUGGCCCAGGGCCGCGUCGCCCACAUGAUUGAGUGGCAAAACUGGGGCAUGGCGACGGUGGGCGUAGGGGGCAUCCCCCAGUCCCGCAUCACGACCCAGGAGCGGGAAAAAGAGCGGCGGCUGGAGAACGACGCGUACAGCGACCUGAGCGACGGCGAGAAGGAGGCCCGAUUCGCCGCAGGCAUCCUGCAGCAGUUCGCCAUCUCCGAGGCUACCCUCCUGGCCUGGUCAUCGAUGGAUGGCGAGAGCCCCCGGUCGGGAUCCAACCAAGGCAGCGUGGCGCAUCUGAGCGAGGUCAACCAGGAGAGCAUUACCAGUCGAGACCAGAUCUUGCAUCACUCCUCAGCCGAGGUGUGGCCUCACACUUACGUCUCCCAGGGACACUACUGCCUCUCCUCCUCGGACGCUUGGGAGCCCAUCAACGACGACCCAUCCGGUGUGGCGUCCCCCCCGGCCGGCUCCUACCUCGUGGGGACCGAGGGCUACGACGGCCAAGCGGCCACUCAUUUCUUGUCGCAGCAGCAACAGCAGCAGCAGCAACAGCAAUUUAACCUCCAGCAGCAGAGCCAACUGCAGCAACUGCAGCAGAUCCAGCAGAUGCAGCACUACCAACAGCAGCAGCUCCUGCAAUAUCAGCAGCAACAGUCACUGGAGCACAGGCUGCACAGCGCCAACCACUCCUUGCAAGCGACACCCAACAGCACCAUCCACAGCCUGGUCCACCAAGUGCACCCGCCCCUGGUGGAUCUGUGGAACACGGGUCAGAUGGAGGCCUAUCAGGUGGACGCCGGAGGCUACAUGGGCACGGCGGCUGUGGUGGAACCGGGCCUCUGUGUCCCCACCGGGGAGGAGCUGGUGGGGAACGAACACUCGCCGCUGCUGGAGCAACAGGAGGAAGAGGAGGAUGUCAAAGAUGGCGAGAUGACACUGUGUAUGGAGCCCGAGUCGUCCACGUUGACUCCACCCACGCAUCCUGGGGACGCCUCGGGCGGCAGUAGUCCGGGGCAACCGCCGGCGUCGCCAAUGGGCGAGCAGAGGGCCUGCGACGCCACGCCGGCCGGCCUCACUCACACGCUACAGGAGGAGGAGGAAGAGGAGGAGGAGGAGGAAGAGGGCGCCGGGCAGCAGGAAGAGGGGCCAGUCGCUUCCAUGGCAACCAACUGACUUCCUGGCUGUCACAUGACUCCUCCGUAAAAACUGACCGGGGGUCAGCCGUUAGUAAUACAAUA